UUUCAGUUAGAACCACAAGAGAAGUCUGUACUAAAUCAGCUUGCUGAAAAUGUUGAUAAGACCAUAGAAAAGAAAAUUGAUAAACUCAAUGAGGAACUUUGCCAGAAAACGUCAGAAUUGCUGGAAGUCCGAGCUGCCUUUUUACAACUGUCUCAAAAGAAGCAGGAGGUUCAACGCAGAGAAAGAGCCCUUAGUCGUCAGGUGGAUGUGGCUGUUGAGCUGAUUGCAAUUCUUCGCCAGCGACUAACAGAGUCUGAGCAGGAACUCCAAAGGAAGGAAGAAGAAGUUGUGUCUAUCAAUCACUUUCUGGAGGCGGCUGCUGAGAAGGAAUUACGAGGGAAAAGGAGACUCCAGCAGUUUAUUGAGAACUUGCUACAACGUGUGGAACUUGCAGAAAAACAGCUGGAAUUUUAUCAGAACCGACAGGUCAAAAACAGUCAAGCCAGUGCAGGAGAUGCCAUGGUUGUACAUUUUCAGGCAAGCAGGAAAAACAAGUGCCUGAACCGAGGUAGUUUUAAUCUGGUAAAUAACAUGCAUGAUGUCAAGCCUCAGUCUGCACAGAAAGGUCGCAGUUAUAUGAACCGCGUGGGCAUCCAACCAAUGAAAUUAUUACACGAGUCCUCAGAAGGUUGCCGAGAAGUAUGGAAGCCACAAAAGAAAGUGGACUCUUCAGGCACUGCCAGGAAAGUUCACAACAAGUCAAAAAUCGGGAAAAAGAUAUGCAUGUGUAAUAAUGUUCAUAAACAGUACUAA